AUGAGUCCGCAAUGUUUUACAGUGAACUGUGAUUGCCAGGAGGGAUUCAGCUCUGGCAGUGAAGACAUAUUGAUAUUGGAGGACGCCGAAUGUGAAGAUGUGAAUGAAUGUGUGGAGCACGCUCCUGAUUGUGGCCCAAAUGGAACCUGCAUGAGCACACCUGGGGGCUACACCUGCACCUGUCCACCAGGGUUCCGUAACCAUGGCAAUAUCAGCAGUGCACCUUGUGAAGAACUAGCAAAGGUCAUCAGGAACUACUGCCAGGCGUCAGAUGUGGAUUGCAAACUGAAAUUUCUGAGCUCAUCAUUGUCUACUGAUCUGUCCGAGAUGACAGUCUCUGGUCUCCUAGACAUUUUGCUGGACUCUCCUCCAGACAGUCUGUCCUCCAAGGGAGAUGCUGUGCUUCAGGCCACUGAGGACCUGGUGUCCACCCUGGCCAAGCCCACAUUCACCCAGUCCAGCACAAGCUUCAUCACCAACACCACAGGUAUAAUAUAA